UUGAUCCACCAAGACCAAAGCAGCAAUGAAAUACUUUGCGAUCUGUGCUCUAGCUGCUCUCGUCCUCAUCCAGGCUUCAUCAGCAUUUAAGGUGAAGCGAGUUAUCUAUGUGGUGCCAGCAACCACUGCAUCUACCACCACGGUUUCGCCAUCAACCACCACCACGGUUUCGUCAUCAACCACCACCACAGCAGCACCUCCUGUCGUCGUCCAGGUGGUCUACUGCUCCUGGAAGAACAACUGGUGUCGCUCCAAUGCGAAUAGCGUGAGGAAUUGCAAGUGGGGCCUGUGCAAGUUCAACGGAUAGGAAAGUCAAAUAAAAAGAAAGUUUGCA